GGGAUAAAGUUCCUCUGUUGCUCAAAGGCCAAAUCCACCGCCGCCGUCGACGCCGCAGUAGAUCGGACCAGCUCCACAUGGCCGUGUCCCUCACCACCCGUUUCAUUCCCUCGCUCUCAUCCCCGAAGCCGCCCGCCCCGAAGCUCCUCCUCCCUUCCCAGGCAAUCGGUGGGCGGUGGAGUUGCCGGAAGAAGGGCGGGGUGCACCCGGAGUUCUACGAGGACGCGAAGGUGUACUGCAACGGGGAGCUGGUGAUGACGACGGGCGGUACGCAGCGGGAGUACUCGGUGGACGUCUGGUCCGGCAACCACCCGUUCUACCUCGGCAGCCGCUCCGCCCUGGCGGUGGAGGACGACCAGGUGGAGAAGUUCCGCAAGAAGUACGGCCAGCUGUCGUCCCUCAUGGAGAUCCCCGUCCUCAAGCACGGCGAGAUCGUGCUGCCCCAGAGGAAGAAGUCCGGCGGCAAGGGCAAGGGCAAGAAGUGACCCAUCGUCCGCUUUCCCCAAUUCAUGGCCUCCGACCAACAAAGGUGCCGCCUUUCACUUGCUUUUGACCUUGUUCUGGAUCAAUUCUCAUCGUACCUAUUGAUCUCUCCUCUCUGCUUGUUUAGCAAAAAUGCUGGAAAAGAUUUCGCUUCUAUUUUAAAAAAAAAACAAACAAAUUGUAGCUUGCUAUUAUGAAAUUAGAUUUCCUCUUCAACUCAACAAAUUUGAUGCUUUUGGAUUCAA